GUCAUAGUUAUCUCAUGAAAUGUAUCUGAGAGUAUCUGCCGUCAACCCACAGGGUUCUACUAUCAGUAUUUGAUUUACUUGAAACUAUAUUUAAGCGUGCACCGGUCCACGACCGCCAUUCCACUAUUCGCCAUUCCGUUACCGAUACGCGGCAAAAAGUAGGCUACUCCAGCUAAAAAAAAAACGUAAACAAUUAUCACAAACAACUAAAAUUAAAACUAUUAUUAAAAAAAAAGUAUUCACUCAAGAGUUCCUAAUUCAAAAAUAUUAAUCGUGUUUUAUAUUUUUAAAAAUGGCGUUCGCCGUUCCAGACAGUAUUUCAAAGAAAAAUACUUUUGAAGAUGCCUUGGACCUCACAGGUUUCGGCAAAUACAAUGUGGGUAUGCUGAUAACAUGCUGCCUGCUGAUCCUGGCUAUGUACCUGGAUAUCUUUGGUUUCUCCGUCGUACUACCAGCUAUGGCUUGUGACAUGUCGCUCAACACAUCACAGCAGGGUCUACUGUCUGCUAUACCUCUGAUAGGUGUAAUCCUAUCGUCCUACGGUUGGGGUUUAUGCGCGGAUACAACAGGGCGACGAAAAACUAUGCUCUUAGCAAUGCCAAUCGGUUUCAUCCUCAGCCUUGCAGCUACCAUGGCGCCAAGUUUCGCGAUAAUGGCUGUCCUUAAGUUUCUGUCUGUGUCAUUCUCAGCAGCAGCAAACGCAGCAGCAUUUGUCCUGUUAGCUGAGAGUGUACCGAGCAGACACCGAAGCCGGUUCAUGUUCCUCAUGGCCAGCGCUACUAUGGUGGUGCAACUUAUUAUUUGCUCCUUCGCCUUACCUAUUUUCACACUGGACUUCGCCUACGAGAUCUCCUGGCUAGGCGUGGUGUAUAGACCAUGGCGCAUGUUGAUGCAAAUCAUCUGCCUUCCAUGUGGUUUGGGCGUCUUAUUCAUGAUCUUCUUGCAAGAAAGUCCCAAGUUCCUCCUCAGCAAGGAUAGGCAUGAUGAAGCGUUAGAGGCGUUCAAGGCUAUAUACAGAUGCAAUACUGGACAAAAGAAGGAUAGUUAUUCUAUCAUGCACGUGUACCUAGAAGAAGCGUCAGCAGUCAGUUCUGCUGAAACCUCAGUGCUAAGGAAGGUGUGGAACCAAACCGCUCCUCUGUUCAAGCGCCCUCUGUUGAAGAACUCAGCCAUCUUGUACUAUCUGCUGCUUACUGCUUACAUGACAUCAACUGGUUUCACCAUGUGGGUGCCGACUAUGACCAACGCUUAUUUCACUGGCGAUGAAAGCCACCACGGUCGCACCUUCUGUGAAGUCGCUAGUCAGAGCACGAAGACAGGGUCCAGUAAUAGCACUGAAUCUGGAAAUUGCACAGGCAGCAUUGAACCCAGAGCAUUAUACGCCACAAUGAUAUACUCAGGCGCUUCAACAGCACUGAUGAUCUGUCUUUCCUUCAUCGUGGGCGUCAUGGGAAAGAAGAAGAUCACCCUCACUGUCUUCAUCAUAUCGUCGACUGCUGGAACAUUGCUGCUCUUCAUCAAAGUUCCAAUGCUAAGCAUCGCUUUGUUCUUCGUUUUCUUAUACGUCGCUCAAAUUCUCGGAAAUGUGAACACUUAUCUGGUUGAGCUGAACCCUACACAUUUGAGGGGUAUGGCAACGUGUUUAUCAGUGGUAGUGGCUCGUGGUUCUGGAUUCUUCAGCGUACAGAUCAUCGCCAGCCUCCUGGGUGACUACUGCAUGCCUAUGCUUAGUGGAUACGUCGCCUUAGUUAUGUCUGGAUUCGUAGUAGCAACAUUCCUACCAUCUGACUCAGAACCAGAAGAACAAAAGAAUGAAAUAGAAAGAAAUGAAUCGGAAGACGUUGAGAAUCCUAAAGUUUAAACUCAAUGUUAUUUAAUAUUUUAUAAUUUUUUAUUGUGAUCUGUCAUUUUUCAGUACUUGGAAAAUUGGAUCUAUUAUUAUUUGAAUGUCUAUGACAUUCUUUGUUAGUUUUUUGGACCGUUUUAGGCUUCCGAUGUAGAUACAGGAUAACUACCAAAAACUGAUUUUAUUAAAUCAAGGUUGCUGGAUCGUGUAAAUGUUAUUUAAUGCAUAAAUAACGUUUCCAAACAUAAAUUUCUUGUAAAACAGUCUUAAAAAGUGUGAGACUAAAUUUUACAACGUUAAGUAAUAGCCAUUGUGCUGUUCACGCACCAUCAUAACUAUUGACAUAACAUAACAUCAUGCCUUUUUAUGCUCGAAGGGGUAGACAGAGGUGCACAUUGUCACCGUGCAUUGUAACACCCACUUUUUUUUUUUUUUUUUUUUUAACAAAUCUUUGAACGAUAUCAAUUGACAAAGGAAAGUGCGAUUUCUUUUUAACUAAAGAAAUAUCUUAAUUAAGGAAAUGCACUUUUUGGCACACUAUGAGUAGUAGACAAUGUAAGAUGAUGAUUUUUAGCUCAUUGUAGAUAGCAUAUAUUAGCAUUGUAGAUAGGAUAGUCUUUGUAGAUAGUUCAGUAGUGUAUGCUUUAAUAUUGUAACUCGAAUUUAAAUAAUUAUUACUGUUAUUUUGUCUGUCGCAGUACGAUUAAUGUGAAAUGUUAAUGAAUUGUAAAAACUUGACGAAAAUAUAUUUAAUAUAUUAAAUUAA